CCAGACUAUAUCUGACGGCCAAAAACCGGACGUCAUUCGCAUUGACUGGUUGAAAUUCCGCACGUAGGCUUAGGCCUAACAACUAUGACGGCCGUGUUUUCCUUCCAAAACAUAUAUAACAAAUACUUUACUCAACAUCUUCACGCCUGUUAACUAUUGAAUGAUAAAAUGGAGAGUAUGCUAACCCACAAGGAAGCUAUCCAAGCCUGGCAUGAAGGUGUGACAGCAUUUGAUUGCGGUAAUAAUGAGAAAGCUUUAGAGAUUUUGCUGCAGAUUCCUCAGAACUCAACCACUGCUAGGAUUCUUUAUAAUAUUGGACAUAUUUACCUGAUUCUUAACCAGUAUGCAGAAGCUGCAAAGAAUUUUGAAGCAGCCUUUGAGAAGGAUGUGCAUUUAGCUGCAGCAUUUUACCAGUGUGGUGUGGCUCUUUAUCAAGACAAUAAAUUCAACAAUGCUCGGAAGAUGUUUGAGAAAAGCAAAGAGUGUCUGCGUGAAUCUCAAUACAUUGAUUACAAAGCACUUGGGAUGACGUGCCGUCUGUAUAAAUGUGAGAUUUUACUUAACUUAUCCAUAGCAGUAGCAGCAAUGACAAAAGAUCCUGAAUGGGCCCUUGAUAUUCUAACGGAGGCUGAUAAAUGCCAAAGAGAAAAAAAUCAUAUUCAGGUGAUACAGUCUGCCAAGAUCAAACUGCAGGAUGGUCUAAUUCCAACUAUUUUCAGCUUACCCCAAAAGGAAAUUUUCAGACCUCCAAAAGACAAGAUAGAGAACUUAAGUAAGAAAGAUUACUUAGGACAGGCUACAGUGGUGCAUGCAGUACCAGGUUCCAGCAUCAAAAAAUUGAGUAAACCAAAGGAAGAAAAGAUUCUUGAUUUACCAUCUCCAGGUCAGAAGAGGCAUUCAUUACAACCGCCUACAAGAACUGCUCCAGCACCAAAUACAUUCAAGCCUAUUAACACAUUAAACCAUAGGGUCAGUCCUACACCUCCAAAUAGAUUACCCCCAUCACCAACAUCCCCUUUUUCCCGUCCUCAUUCAAAUAGUCCUCGUAGAAUAUCAACUCCAAGUCCCACGCCCCCUUGUAGGCCACCUCCAUCUGCAUCUGGUCUUUCAAACAGUAAUGUGGAUAGACUUACUCCUAGCCCUACUCCUCCAAUGAGAUUACCUCCCUCAGUGCCAGAUAGUAACAGAGGAAGACCUAGCCCCAGUUCAUCUCCCCCACCAAAGUUCUUUCCACAAAGUCAUGAGCGUUCUAACAGUGGGGGAAAAGGCCCUCCAAUAAGACCCCCGCCAGUUUCCCCUUCAAAACUUUCCACAGGUGAUUCAUCACAUUCAUCAUCUGUUGAUUCUCGAGGGCCAAGCCCAAACAAACUCUCCCACAAAGAUACAAUUGUUAUUUGGCAUGAAGCAAUGUUGAUCUACCAGACUGGAAAUGUUUCAGAGGCCUUGGACAAGCUUCUGUCAAUCCCUGAACCAACAGCUAAGAUUCUUUUCAACAUUGGAAGCAUGCAACUUCUAACUAAUGAUGUGGUAAAUGCAACAAAGACAUUUGAAGCAGCUGUUGAAAAGGAUGAACACAUGGCCAUUGGCUUCUUUCAGCAUGGCAUUGCAUUGGCUCGGCAAUCCGAGUAUCAACUGGCAUGGGAUGCAUUUGAUAAAGCACGCAGAGCACUACGUAAAAAUGACAGCAUUGAUUACAAGCAGAUUGGAUUGCCGUAUAAACUGUAUGAAUGCGAGGUUCUCAACAACCAGUCCCUUAUGUAUAUGUACCUUGGCGAUCAGGAAUUAGCCAAGAAGGUACUGGAGUUGGCACUGAAGAAGAAAGCUGAAGUAAGGCACAGCAAAAUUGAUGCAGCUAUGGAUAAGCUUAAGGCCUCAUCAGUUUUUGACCUGUUCACAUUACCUAAAGAUGCAGUUUUCAAACCACCAGCAUCCAAGGUAGAAAACAUCAAGAAGGUGGAUUACCUAGGUCAGAAGAAAGUUGUAGCAAAGUUUGAGGAAAGAGAAUUAACCAGCAGACCAAUUAAAUUAACACCUCGACUCAGCAUGGACCUUAGUGGAAUUCCCCUUAGUAGCACCAACCCCAACGGAGAGGCAUAUCGUCGGUCUUCAAGUCCAGGAAUCAACAUCACACAUCAUGGUAGCUUAGGCAAUGAAAAUGUUGAUGUUUUUACAAAUGUGACGGAUGACAACGAAUUUGAGGACAACAGAUGCUACUCACCACCUGCUAUAGAUGAAAAUAAGGAUAGUGACACAGAUACUUACGGACCAAUCCCAGAAAGUUUGCGUGCACCUAGCCCUGGGCCACCGACUCGCCCAGCCCCGACACCUCCGAUUCAACAAAUUUGGGAACGAAAGGAUAGUCUUGGACCACCAAUAAGAGAUGCUCCUUCUCCUCCUCAUCCAUUGAAACCAGAAAACGAAGAAACUGAAUUAUAUACUAAUUUUCCAGCGAAAAAUAACAACACUGUUUAUAAUUCUUCUCAUCUGUCACCAACAAAUAAAAAGCCAUUGCCAUUACCGAAGCCCACACGUUUCUAAUAUGUGUAGUUCAUUCUUUUACUAUUUACUCUUUUGAAUAAUGAUUUUUUUUUGGAACAUAGAAAAUAAUAUUUAUAUUUUAGAAUUUAUAUAUUUUUCUACAAUAUAUAUACUAAUUAGAGGAAGACUAGUUUUUGUAUUUUCAUUAUAAUAUUUAAGAAGAUCACAGUAUACUAGAAAACACUGUGUAUCAUCAUUGAAUUAAAAAAUAAGUAAAGCUUUACUCGGUGGUAGAAAAACAAAUGUUGCUGUUUGGUUUUCUUUAGGAAAGCUAUGUUUUCUGAGGAUUAUGCAGGUGUAGGCUGCCAGGUUAGGGUCAUCAAUCAGAAAUCAAUGAACCACAGAAUUAUCAACAGGAAGAAAAUCAGAUGACUCCCAUCCCAACUAAUUCUACACAUGAUCCCCUAAGAUAGCCUUAUCCACACUGAUUUUGCCAUAUGCAAUGGGGUAUAUUAUAUUUUAUAUAUUAUUUAUUGUAAGUUAAAGUUGACUUUACAAAAUGGAGGCUUCUUUAUCAAACUUAGUAAGUCAUUUGCAUAUUUACAUGGGUGUAACUUACUUAGAUGAUGUUAUUAUUAUUAAUGAUUUAUUUGCUUGGUCUCAAUACAAUAUAAUCAACUAAUUCCUCCAUGAUAUGAUGAUGCUUAGUGGUGAUUGGUUAAUGUAUAGAUGUUGCCAUUAGCUGAUUAGCUCAUGAGGUCACAUUAAUUAGCUAAUUUUCUUAAAUUGAGCAUUUAUAAUUAUUUGGUUGUAAAUUUGAAAUGAAUCUAGUCUGGUUACAGCACUCGAAAUUAGAGGUUGUCAUUCUUGCAGUUAAUGAACGAAAUCAGCUGUAAUAUUAGUUGAAGAAAAAUAAAAAAACUCAGUAUUUGGA